AUGCCUUCUUCAACGCCUGUGACCUCAAUGCCUGUGACCUCCUCCACUCUGACAGAGUCGACGCUGAUUGGUGUGACUCACCACAGUCCACUAGUACAACAAGCUACUGAGCUUGAAGGUCGACUGGAGCUUGCAGCUGGAGGGGCUCUGAACCUGACACUCGUUCAGGCAGCUGUCCGUGACGCACAAAUCUUGAUUGCACAACUGAAGGAUGAAGUUCGAAAAAUGGGAGCGGAAAUUGCCAACUUGUUGCUCUCUCAAGACAAUCCAUCUCACAAAGCCGCCAUCAACCAGCUCACGCGCGAGAUCUGUCAACUCGCCAGUAGUUUCCAGUUCCUAUACUCGCCAUUUGUCACCAAAGCUACCUUCAAGGAUGGCAUGACCAACCCUCUGUUCUUGCACGACGACCCCAUCCGCUAUGUCACUGACAAGAACGUCGAACUCGGAAUUAUUGCGGAGCUCUUUCACUGGGUGUCUGCAAAAUUCCACGAGUGCAUGGGAGCAGGAUCUGCAUUUGCGAAUGUCUUUGGCAGUGCAAUCAGCUCUUCACGUUUGCUGGCCUUCCACCAAGCCAUCAGCACCUCAUCUCUGGCCAUACUGGAGCUUCUGGGUUGCACUAAGCCAGGAGAUUCACCGAAGAGCUGCAGCCUCCCACCAAUUCUGUACAAGGACUUCAACGAUGGAGUGGCCAUGGGGCUAUUCCUUAAUUCUAUUCUUAUCACGAUUGCCAGAGUGAUCAUAUAUGGCCCCAGGAUGGGUCAAUCCUCCACGGCCCGCCUCAAAUCCACCAGCCCCUUUGUACGUCCAGGCCAAGUCAUGUCGAUUACGCCUGGUGCAAUUGCAUACACCACAAUCCUUCUGUGGCACCUUCUUUCAGGUGACACCGAGUUCACACUCACCAGGGUUGGGAGCACCUCGAACAUCAACUACGUGGCUGACUUCGAGAUGUACAAGAAGCUCAUCAUCCAAGCAAGAGAUGGAACCAGACAGCCCCUUGACAAGGCAGCCAACUCAGAUGACGGAACCGAGGACAAGAUUGCUGACGCCCUCUACCGUAUGGAGUUGGAAGGCAGCGAUUCUAGUGAAUCGGGUGGCUCAGACUCGGAACUCGACGAAGAAGAAGGACAUCAAGGAUCAAGACUAGCCAUGCCUAUGGAACGUGCAUCAAGCUCUGGUCCAUCUCGAGCUUCUAGCACCCUUCCACUCCCCGUCAAUCCAACUUCCGCUUUGGAUCUAGGACCUGGUUCCCCCUCUUUCAGCUCAGAUUUGACCGAAUUCGACGACAACCUGCCAGCCCCUGCACCCGCGAAGAAGAAGAAGACUUCCAGAGGAAAGAAGACAUCUGAGCCAGCACCGGCCAUUGACCGGACUCUGCAGUCAGAAGGAAAGGGGAAGCAGCGGGUGUAA